AUGAACGACAAUGGAUGCAGCCCUCGCUUUGAUUCCCAAGUUCUUUCUUCUAACUUUAAAAGAAGUGGAAUGAAUCGUGUCAGGAAGAAGAGUAAAGUGGCUCGUAAGCGUAGGGAAGCCUUACUGCGAUUACUGCGUAUAAUGUUGUGGAAAGUAAGCCUGACUACUGCUACUUCUGCUGCUCUUACUGGUGCUACUACUACCACUGUUCCUGUUGCUGAUGCUGAUGAUGCUGUCUUGCUCAGAAUAAGCGAGAAUGCAGUAAGCAGCAGUUGCUAG